UAAUUUUUUGUAUUUUUAGUAGAAAUGGGGUUUCACCAUGUUGGCCAGGCUGGUCUCGAACUCCAGACCUCAGGUGAUCCACCCACCUUGGCCUCCCAAAGUGCUGGGAUUACAGGCGUGAACCACCACGCUCGGCCUCUACUACUACAGUUGUUUUUUUUUUUGAGAUGGAGCCUCCCUCUGUCACCAGGCUGGAGUGCAAUGGUGCAAUCUCGGCCCACUGUAACCUCUGCCUCCCGGGUUCAAUUCCCCUGCCUCAGCCUCCUGAGUAGCUGGGACUACAGGCAAGCACCACCAUACCCAGCUAACUUUUUUUUUGUAUUUUAGUAGAGGCAGUGUUCCACCUUGUAGGCCAGGAUGGUCUCGAUCUCCUGACCUCAUGAUCCACCCGCCUCGGCCUCCCAAAUUGCUGGGAUUACAGGCGUGAGCCACUGUGCCCGGCUGUCUACUACUUCUUAAACAGUGAGAGGCAGGAGGAUCGCUUGAGCCCUGAAGUUUGCUGCUGCAGUUAGCUUUGAUCGUACCACUGCACUCCAGCCAGGGUGACAGCAGGACCCUGACUCUAAAAAAAAAAAAAAAAGAAAAAAAGCAUACACUAUCAAUACUUCCUCCUUACUAUAAUGUUUACUGUGGCCUUUUUCAGACUAGAGAGUCCUUUUAUCUAUCCCUUUUGUAAGAGCUUUUAGAAUUAUCAAUAGAUGGUCAGGUGAGGUGGCUCAGGCCUGUAAUCCCAGCACUUUGGGAGGCUGAGGUGGGUGGAUCACGAGGUCAGGAGUUCAAGACCAGCUUGGCUAAGAUGGUGAAACCCUGUCUCUACUAAAAAUACAAAAAAAUUAGCUGGGUGUGGUGGCGAGUGCCUGUAAUCCCAGCUACUCCGGAGGCUGGGGCAGAGAAUUGCUUGAACCCGGUAGGUAGAGGUUGCAGUGAGCCGAGAUUGUGCCACUGCACUCCAGCCUGGGCAACACAGUGAGACUCCGUCUCAGAAAAAAAAAAAAUUAUCAAUAGAUGGUGACCCUCAUCUUCAUGUUUUCUGCAUCUGUUGAAGUGCACCAUUGAGAUCGUGGAGUUCUUCCCUGUUUGUCCAUAUGGUGAACAACACUGAUUUUCUGAUGUUGAACAAUCCCCGAAAUAAACUCUGCUUGGUUCCCAUGGAUAUCUGUUUCCCUUUAGAUUUUGUUAGUAAUUUAUUUUGGAUUUUGGCAUCCAAGUUCAUAAUUGUAACUGGACAAAUAAAGGCAGAUUUUAAAAGGACAAGUUGGGAGGCUAAGGUGGAAGGAUCACUUGAGCCUGGGAGAUUGAGGCUGCAGCGAGCCUUGAUUGCUCCACUGUACUCCAGCCUGGUGACAGCAGACCCUGCCUCUAAAAUAAUAAUACGUAAAAGGACGAGUUUAGCUACAGUCUCACCGAGCAAUGAAAGAGCUUAUCUUUCUCCUGUUUCCUUUACGGAUCUUGCUCAUGUAUUUUAUCUUAAUUACUUUAGCAUAAAUGCUAAAUCAAAUUCUUUUUCACUAGACGUCAUCAUAGCUCUCGGCAUACCAUAUAAUACGCAAGCACAUUUUAAUCAUUAAAAUUGUUUCCUUUUUUUGUGACUACUGUAACCGCUUCA